AUUAGAUCCGUCACCCGACCACUCUUUCCUUCCAACUACCAUCAUGUCUGGAAAAACAGCUCUCAUUAUCGGCGCGACUGGCCAGACGGGCCAGUAUCUGCUCAAGGAGCUGUUGGCGUCUUCACAUUUCACAAAGGUUGGCGAGUACGGACGCCGGCUUACCGACCUCGCGACACUUUCUACCGGCAAGGACAAACUCGUGCAAAAAGCGAUCGAUUUUGAAAAGCUGGAAGAGUCCGGAAUCAAGGACGGGAAAUGGGAUGUCGUCUUUAUCACAUUAGGAACGACCAGAAAGGCAGCCGGGAGUGCGGCUGCAUUCGAGAGAAUUGACAAAGACUAUGUCAUCAAUUCUGCAAAGGAAGCACGGGUGCCGGACCAUCUGCAAAGAGUUGUCUACCUAUCAAGCGGCGGUGCGAACGCAAAAUCCUCAUUCCUGUAUCCCAGAUGUAAAGGUCAAACGGAAGAAGCCCUUGCCAGCAUGGGAUACUCCGACACGAUCGUAUUUCACCCCGGCCUGUUGACGGGAACCGCCCGACCUCAAUCCAGAUUACCUGAAGUCAUCGCGGAGGGCGUCAUCAACACCCUGAGACUCUCGAGCUUUUUCUCAAAUUUGGAGAUCAAGGCGAGUACUCAAAACACGAUUCUAGUGACGAAUCACCACUCACUUGGAUACGUCAGGUGGCCACUUUGGGCAGGAGUAUGGCGAUAGCGGGAUGGCUGGGUUCCGAAAGACUACCCUCUGUUGCUCAAGCUGCGGAGGAGGAAACGCCAGAGGGCAAACGGUUUGUGUCUAUCCCUAACGCUGGGGCGCUCGCGCUUGCACAAACUGCUUGGGAGUAAAUUCCCUUAGCUGUUGCCUCUGGUUUGUAAUUUACUUCUCCCUGCCUUCCUACGAGUAUUUUCUCUGUGUACUCUAUUAUUCGCACGAUAUCCUCAAGUUUGUUUUACAAUUCCACACACGAAGAAUUUGGUUCACCACUACUUUCUU